UCCUAGCCUUUUGCUUAUUACCCAUUUCCACUGCCUGCAUCUCAACGUUACUGGAGAGAUAUGCCAGGUUCCACAUUUCCUGUGAACUUCCAGCACAACAGUGAUCUUUUUGGCAACAUGCUAGCCAGCCCUUCUGUAAUUCCAGCCUUUAAAUUCCAGUUGCGACGAGAAAGCAUUGACUGGAGGCGAUUUAGUGCCAUUGAUGUAGAACGCGUAGCUCGUGAGCUGGAUCUUGCCACUCUUCAGGAAAAUAUCAAUAGUGUCACCUUUUGUAACCUUGAUGCAGAGAAGUGCCCUUAUUGUCAGCAGCCAGUAGACCCUGUUCUCCUGAAGGUUCUUAAGAUGGCCCAGCUGACCAUCGAGUAUUUGUUGCACUCCCAGGAGUACUUAAGCAUGAACUUGACACUCCAGGAGGAGCAGCACCAGGCAGCCCUUGAAGACUGCAAACGUAUCAAGUAUGACUUGGAUAAGCAGGCAGAAGAAUUGAAGGGGGUGAAGGAAGAAUGCAGGAGACGGAAAAAGAUGAUUGCCACCCAACAGUUGCUCUUGCAAGCUGGGGCCAACAACUACCACAAGUGCCAGCUCUGUGACAAGACCUUCAUGAAUUAUUCCUUUCUACAAGGCCACAUGGAGCGUAGGCAUCCUGAGGCCACUGCAGUCGAGAAGUUGAAGAAGAAACAGGUGCAGCAGAUGGAAAGUGAGAUUGAAGAACUGAAGGUCAAGUUGAAGGAGACCCAUGUCCAGCUGGAAGCUGAGAGUCAGCGAAGGGCUCAGGAAGCAGAGCAUGUUCACCAAAGGGAAGAGGAGGAAAGAAGGAAAUUUGAAAGAUGGAAGGAAGAGGAGAGGACAAAGUUUCAUACAGAAAUGGAAGAACUUAGGCAACUUUUCCUCACAGAAAUCAAGGACUUUUCCAACAAAAAUUCUGCCUUGGAAGGAAAACUUCAGGAACUACAAGUCAAGAAUGCAGUAACAUCACAUCUCGGGACAUUGCAAGAUGAUGAUCCUUUUGAGAAACAACAGUGGACUAAGACUCAGGAAGAACUACAAGGGAUGAAGGCAAAGAUUGAACAACAGAAAACUGAGUGGGAAUGGAAACUCAGGAAACUUCAAAAGGAGAACCAGAAGGAGAAAGAAAAGCUGAAGAAUGAGAAUGAAAGACUAAGGACUUCCUUGUCUUCUGACCAAUGGAGAAUGACUGAAUAUAACAAGAAACAACUUGCCUCCCUCACUACACAACUCAGAGAACAAGCCAGUGUCAUCCAAUCUCAGGAGAAUACAAUUAAGCUUCUGACUUCCAGCAAACCCCGAGAAGUCCAACAGGUACCCAAGACAGAAAAGCUGGAAGAAUCCAGUGAAGAAGGACUAGGUGAUACUUUGGAAAGGAAGAAUGGAGUUCUGGAAAAUCUGCGGAAGGACCCAAAUUUUUUGAAGCAAUUCCGGCCAAUUCUGGAAGAGACACUUGAAGAUAAGCUGGAGACCAUGGGAGUGAAGCGGGGUACAAAAGGCAUCCCAGCUCAAACCUAUAAACAUCUGAGAGCUUUGAUUAAAAAGCAGCAGCAGCAGAAGGCUAAAACAUUUCCACAUCUGCUAACCUUGAGAGACAAACUUGAAAAAGAGGUUCAAAAGAAAGUGGUUCAGAAGGAUGAAGGGAAUGUGUACUUGCCAUUUUCUCUAACCUUAGAAGAAAACCAAAGAGCCCAGCAUUCUCCACUCCAGGUUACACCUUCAAAGAUUGGAACAUACCCAGUGGAAGUACCGUAUUAUGCCCUGGAGACACCCAAACCAGCUCCUCAGAGCAAAGUUAGUUCCUUGACUAGUUCAGCAGAGAUUCCAAAGGUACCAUCUCCAAAUCAAAUUAGAAGCAGUUCACCUUCUCUUCAACAGUCUGCUGUCCACUUCCCCAGCACUUCACCUUUCAGCUCUGAGACUGAAGAGUCUGAAGAAGGAACAAGCAUUAGCUCUCCAAAAGUCAUAUCCUUCAAGACAGACCCAAAGCAGAGCAAAGCUGUUCCCAGAGCAGCACAGAUGGAAGAGAGUGAGUGGGAUUCAUCUGACACAGAUUUCUCUAAAGCGAAAGUUGGUACUGGAAAGAGUUCUCCAGUUGCAGCCAGAACUCAUUCAGAAACACUAGUGCAUUCAUUGGCUAAAAAUCUGGAGAAGAAACUGAACAUACCUGGAAGGAAGCCUCCAGGUGGCGUGAAGCUCUUUGCCAUCCAAAGCAAAGAAGAUGCUAAAACCAAUCCCUCCACAAAAAAGCUUCAGUUUACCUGUGAGGAGGAUAGUGACUUGGAGAUUUCUUCCUUGGAGGAAAUCACCCAGCACCUGGACACUGAAGCCAAGAUCAAGAAGCAGCAAGGGGCAAGAGGUAGUGGGGAAUCCACUGGAUCACGGGGCACCAGUAUCUGGACUUCGAGCAGCUCAAAAGCAGGGGCCUGGUGAUUCUCAUGGUUAGAUGAGCUAUGUAGAGCACAGAGUCCAGCUGAGAUAGAACAGCAUCCCAUGGCAGAGCAAUCAGAUUAAAUCUGAUACUCACAAAGAACAAACAAAAAAAAAUAGCAUCUAAUACCAAAAGUAUCACAUUCAAGGUUGUAGGUUCGAUGCAUAGUUUCAAAACAAACAGUUAAUUAAAAUGAGUUCUUCCAGUGCCUUUUAGAAGAAGGAAAGGACUGAUUUAUUCUUUUGCUGAAAGUCUAUCUUGACAUGACAUUUUAAAAUAAUUUUGUCCAGAAGACACUGGCCUGGUUCUCACAUCAUGCACAGCCAUAAUGUGGUGUAUCUGGGUCUGACUUAAUGCGGUAUGCGAACCCAGCCUUCAUGCAUUAUGGAUUAUGAUUUAGCAUUAUGUGAUUAAAACAAACCAUGACUUAGCACAAUAUAUAAAUGUGGCAAUAGACAUAAGGCUGAAUCAAACAGCAGCCAUGGCAUCAUAGCCUCAUUUGUGGGCUAUAUAGAAGUUUACAGUACACCUUUCACUGAUGGUUUGAGAAUGAGUGAAUUUCAGCAACUGCAAGAGGGAAAGGUGCAUAUAUCUUGUGGUCUACAUAACAAACAAAAAAAAGGUCUUUUGCUGCGUUGUGCUAUGAUACAUAACUUGCUAUGGAAACAAUGUUUCUGAAUUGCCGAUAUAAUUAGGCAAUUUUUCCUUUCUAGUACUGUGAUGGAUGCAACUUUCUUCUGUUUUUGCUAAGUUUGCGAAUAGCCAUAAAAGUAAAUCAAAUGGGGGCUUCAAACAUUUGGUAUCCCUUAUGUCUUGAAUUUCAUUCCAAGUGUUAGCUUGAUUGUACUUCAAUGUACAGUAUUUCUGAAGUGCAGACUACUUACUUAACUCUGAAAUACUUUUAGCGUUUUCAAAGUAUUUCUUCUAUUACGUUUAGGUAGAAUCACAAUAUAUCUGUGAUAACCACCCAGAGUCACUCUUAGGGUGAAAUGGGCGGUGAUGGAAUCUGAAAAAUAAAUAAAUAAAUACCUGUAGAAGAAUAUAAAUCUCGUGUUGGGAGGGGGGAAGAGAACAAUGAAUCAUUAAGAACUCAGUCUUCAGAAAAUGGAAAGUCAAAAGAACCCCACCUCAAUUUUGUUUGAUAUAAGGUGGGACAGAGAGAAAUUCUGACAGGCUUUCAAGAUUCUUUUAUUCUACCCUACAACAAUAAUGAGCAUUCCUGGAAUCCUUGUUGCUUCUGUUUCAUGACCUUGCCUACCUCAAAGGGUUCACAAUAUCAUGAACCACUUACGAUUCAUGGACCACAACUUAAGAUGUUAGAGAUAAAUGACAGCCACUUAGGGAUAGAGUUAAAUGGUUGGAGUAAGACUGGAGGGAUCCAGAUUCUAAUCCAACCUCGGUCAUGAGAGUUCACUGGGUGACUCUCUUGGCCAACAAUAUCUCUUAAGCCUGACCUAACCCACAAGAUGGUUGUUAUGAAGAUAAAUGAAAGAUGGGAAUGCUGUGAUUGCCACCUUCAGCACCAGGAGGAAGAAUGUGAUAUAAUACAUUCAUCCCAUAGUUAUUUCCCAGUUGGACUAAUGCAGUGCACUCUACAUGGGGCUGCCCUUGAAAAACACUCAGAAGCUUCAAUUGGUCCAGAAUGCAGCCGUGCAUACUAUUUUGGAUGUACCAAGGUUAUCCCAGAUUAAAUUAUCCUUGCCCAAGUUUCACUGCUUGCCAGUAUGCUUCCAGGUACAAUUCAAGGUGCUAGUUUUCAUCUUUAAAGUUUUUUUGCCCACCCCACCAGAUCUGACAGGGUGAAUACACUCCAGAUCGCCUUUAUCAAACUGUGUUAUCUGAUGGGCCCUAGAAGUUGGGCCUUCUGUGUUCUAGCACCUGCCCUGUGGAACAGCCUCCCCCUUGAGAUCCCUAACCCUCUUGGCCUUCCAGAGACUGUGAAGACCUGGAUCCUCCCCCAGGAACUGGCUGGGGUGUUUGUUGAGCCCAGUAUAGCUGCAGUUGUUUUGGCAACUUUGUUAUGGUACCUUGG